AUGUUCGACAGUAUAGAUAUUUCUGUACUGUCAGCCGAGGCAAUGGCUCGAUCCAGUGUCAUUUUGGCUGUUGGUCUUCUUCUUUUCAUAUCAGCACUUCUUUGUAUAAGAACAAUCUUAGCAAGAGAAGAAUUAAAAGAUUGUGUUGGUUGUUAUUUGGUUUCACUUUCAUUAGCAGAUCUUAUUUGCGCAACAAUUAUUAUUCCUUUAUCAAUUUAUAGUGCAUUAGUACCAUCCUGGAAAUUUGGUGGAAAUAAUUCAAUAUUUUGUAAAGGAUCUGCUUACCUAGAAAUAGUUCUUCUUUCCUCAACAAUAUACACAUUUGCUUGGAUAGGUGUAGAUAGAUAUGCAGCUCUUCAUAAACCUUCAAGAUAUGAAGCUGAACAAACAGCAACUAGAUGUAAAUGUUGGAUUGUAUUUUCAUGGUUAACAGCAUUUUUAUUAGCAUGUCCAAUUAUGGUUGCUAAAAUGGAAGUUGCAUAUAUUCAAGAAGCUGAAAUGUGUAUCUUACGUUGGACAUCUACAAAACCUUACAGUCUUACACUUGCCGGUCUUGUAUUAUUGCCUUCUUGCUUUUCAAUAGUUUUCACAUUUUCAUCAAUUAUUUCUUCAAUUGUUAAAACAAAUGUGUUAGAAGAUAGUCAACGAAUGUUACUAGAAACAGAUCAUAAUUUUAUUUUAUCAUUUUUUAUUCUUAUAUGUUUCAUAUUAUCGUGGUUGCCUUUGAUAAUUCUUCAACUCAUUCCAUUAACUCUAGUAUCAGAAAAUGAUUUUGGGACAAUGACAUUUGUAUUUGUUUGGCUGGCAUUAGGUGGACCAACAUCUAAAAUUUUAAUAUAUCUAUUUAUUAAUCCAGAAUUUAGGAGAUCUUUUACCAGAAGAUACACUUGGUGUUGUUGUGUGGAGGAUGAUGAUGAUCAAUUUCAGGAAUUACAGCAAUACGAGAACUCUUCUACGGGAUAUGGACAUUAUUUGUAA